GGUCGAUCUCUUCUUUUUCAUGGCUCAAGGAAAGACAAAGGGUUUACAGACUAAAGCACCAAAUCCAAGGCACGCAGCGAAAGCUGCAGCAUCUACAAAGAGGGGGAAAAGGUAUAUCGCACCCAAGAAGCCAACCUUGGUCAAACAGGCCUCUUUGAAGAAGGGACUUACAGCAAAAAUCAACAAAUCCAUUGAAGAACAGAUGGUGUCAGCUGCGUCUGGAGGAAAGUUAACGAUCAUGAAGAAUGCUAAUGCGGGACCGUCGACCUCAAAGAAAUGAAAGACGUACACUGGCUAUUGUUGUAACAGCCCGGCCUAAAGCAAGGAGGCAAUCGACAUUCGAUCCGUUAUGACUUAUGACUCCGCGAGGUGCUGUAUUCAUUGUGCGUUCGAAGGUGUCACAAGCAGUCACCUAUUCGACGUUCGACGAGGACUAUGACUUGUAUUCACCCAUGGGAAUCAAUAGCUUAUAUUAUAUCUAGGCAUGGACACGGAAUAAUCUUAAGAAAGCACCAGCGACCGACUAGCUUACAAAAUCAAAGCAAAAACAAGUUGUAUGAGAUCUUUCGAUGUUGACAAGCAUUUUAGGCGUAUCAGUAAGUAUGUAUGUGGGAUGAAACGAUAGCUAAAGCGUUUCCCCUAC